UCGACGGGAUUGUGGCAUUUAAAAAUGGCGUAACAGAUCCGGCUGAGAAAGCUGAGGUUAGGAUAAUAAAACGAAGUGUCUUUUUGUAUAUGAAUUAUGUCCGUACUUAGCGCGAGAAUGAGGCGAUUGUUUAAGACGAGCGGGUUCACCCUGCGGACUUACGCAGAAUUCUGCCGCGCGAUGUGGCUGAGGGGCAUGAAGAGCGCCGCGAAGCAGAGCUAUACGAAAACCGUGCUGCUACCGCAGACCAAUUUCCCGGCGCGACUCAGCGGCAGCAAACGGGUGGAGAUGGACAGUUAUUUGCUAGAGAAAUGUGGCUUCUUGGAAUUGUACAACUGGCAGAGGAAGAAUCUUGAGGGGCCGGACUUUAUUUUGCACGACGGACCGCCGUAUGCAAACGGAGAGCCGCACAUGGGUCAUGUUAUUAACAAGGUCCUUAAGGAUAUUACACUGAGAAGCAAGAUUAUAACAGGCAGAAGGGUGCAUUACGUCCCAGGUUGGGAUUGUCAUGGCUUACCAAUUGAACAGAAAGUGCUUAGUGACAUAAAAGACGACAGUCCCUUAGAGAUUCGCCGCAGAGCUAGAAGAUAUGCAAGCGACGCUAUAGCGAAGCAACGACAAGCUUUUACGUCGUGGGGCGUUGUGGCUGACUGGAACGAAUCGGGAUGUUAUUUCACGAAUCAUACCUCGUACGUGAAGAACCAGAUGCAACAGUUUAUAAAUCUGUACGACAAGGGGCUCGUGUUCAGAGCCUUCAAGCCAGUGCACUGGUCACCGUCCUCCAGAACGGCGUUAGCAGAAUCAGAAUUGGAAUACGAGUCUCACGUGAGCAAGAGCGUUAUUGUUCGCAUGCGACUUGACACACAUGCAUUAGCCUCGAGAUUAAAGAACUUUGAAAAUAAACCACUUUACGCUCUUAUUUGGACUACUACUCCAUGGUCAUUGCUGGCUAAUCAAGCUAUAGCUUUCUCCAGUGACAUUGUAUACUGCAUUGUGGAAGACAAUUCGAAAAAUCUGUAUAUUCUUGCACAAGAGUGCUUACCAUAUAUUGAGCAGAAGCUUGGUCUAUUAAAAUUAAUUACAACUAUUACGGGGCAGGACUUAAGCGAAGCCAAAUAUCUUCAUCCCAUUACAAAACAACGUUUGCCAUUCUUACCUGGACAACACGUUACAACCAGUGUCGGUACUGGAUUAGUUCACACAGCACCCGCACACGGUCCCGAGGACUUUCUCAUUGCAAUUGAGAAUAAUAUACCAGUGUUAUCUUUGAUAGACGAAGAAGGAUGUUUCACCAAAGAAGCGGGCGACGAGUUCUCCGGCUUAGAUGUCCUAAACGAUGGCGCUAAUAAGAUCUUGCAGCAUAUCGGUGAAGACGUGUUGCAUGCUGACACGAUUACGCACAGCUAUCCGUACGAUUGGCGAACCAAGAAGCCCGUGAUUAUCCGCGCGAGUCACCAAUGGUUCAUAGACAUAAGGUCUAUCAAGGAGAAGGCGAUUGACAGCAUCGCGAAUAUAAGGAUAUACCCGGAGCAAAAUCAGGCGUCGUAUUUGAACGCGUUGAUCGCACAAGUUAAGCAACGACCCUAUUGGUGUAUUUCUCGACAACGGUCCUGGGGAACGCCGAUACCAGUGUUGCACAAUAAACGAACCGGUGAUACGUAUACGAGCAGAAAAUGGGUCGAGAGACUGUGCAGACUGAUGGAGCGACACGGUACCGACUACUGGUGGGAGCUAUCGACCGAAAAAUUAAUUGGUCGCGAGCUUCGGCAAGAAUUGAAUGACGAUAUACAAGAUUUGGAGAGGGGAACCGAUAUCAUGGAUAUCUGGUUGGAUAGCGGUCUCUCGUGGUCGGCCGUUUUGCCGGAACAUAAAGCAGAUUUGUAUUUAGAAGGAAUGGAUCAAUUUCGCGGUUGGUUUCAGUCAUCAUUACUAACAUCCAUUGCUCUUCAAGAUCGUUCUCCCUACAGCGCGCUAUUCGUGCACGGAUUUGCUGUGGACGAUAAAGCCUCGAAAAUGUCGAAAUCAGUUGGGAACGUCGUAAAUCCAGAGAUAAUUAUCAAAGGUGGAGAAAAUUUGAGUAAAGAUCCGGCGUAUGGCAUCGAUACUCUAAGAUGGUGGGUGGCUAGUCACGGAUGCCAACACAGUCAGGUUCCGGUCACGACCGCGUUGUUGCGCGAGAGUCAUGAAACUGUACAAAAAUUGCGCUUAGUCUUACGAUUCCUGUUAGGCGUUUUACAUUCGUACAGCGAAGGAAUCACAGUCGAACCGGAAUAUCUCUAUCUUGACAAGUAUAUGCUACACGCUCUGCAUGAAUAUAAUAAAAAGAUUCAAAACUUGUAUGACAAUUAUUUGUAUCAUCACGCGUGUAAAUUGGUAACGAAUUUUCUGGCGAACACCGUGUCGCCGGUAUACUGUCACUUGAUUAAAGACAGACUUUACUGCGACGAAGCAGCAUCCCCGACGCGUCUGGCCGCGGUAGAGGUGACGCGCGCAACCCUGACCGUAUUUGCAAGGUCCAUUGCGCCGAUCGUGCCACAUUUAGCAGAAGAAGUGUGGCUGUACCAUCCUGAAAACUUGGCGUCAGUGCCAUUGUAUCAUACUGAAUAUAAAGUAUCGGAAACUUGGCAUCGACCAGAAAUUGCUAGACACGUAGAAACAGCUUUAAACUUGAGAAGCAAGGUGAACAUAUUGGCUGAUCGUAACACGUGGGAAUUGUCGGCCACCUUAACAGCUUCAAAGGAUGACUAUGAAUCGCUCUCGAUUCUCCAAAAAGAUCGAGAAUCCUCUACGUCAGAAUUAUGCGACAUUUUGCAACUGUCGUCAAUUACAUUGAUAGAAUCACCCACGGAAACCGAGACGCAGGUUGAGUUACAUAAUAUUGAAAAAAUACUCUGUCAAAGGUGCAGGAGACAUCCUGAAUUAGAUAAAAACGGUCUCUGUGGACGUUGCGUUAAGGUACUCGACGUGGCGAAUGUAUCAUCGAUAUCCGUGUAAGCGUAGUGGUCGGCUAUU